CAGAGAUACGUGGCUGUUGAUUCUGUGAAUGCCACCUCGAAAAUUCCGACAAGAAAAUAAAAUUAAAUAUAUUAAGUGGACACUACUAUGCGAUAGCCGCCCACACACGCUGAGUGCAAUUCCUCCGCCGCCUUUGGAGCCCCAAGUUCACGGAAAUGGGUUUGUGCAAGUGCCCGAAGCGGCUGGUGACCAACCAGUUUUGCUUCGAACACAGAGUCAAUGUUUGCGAGCACUGCAUGGUGCAGUCGCACCCUAAGUGCAUCGUCCAGUCGUAUCUGCAGUGGCUGCGGGACAGCGACUACAUCUCCAACUGCACCCUGUGCGGCACCACUCUGGAGCAGGGCGAUUGUGUGCGUCUGGUCUGCUACCAUGUCUUUCACUGGGACUGCCUGAACGCCCGCCAAGCCGCUUUGCCUGCCAACACAGCACCGCGGGGUCACCAGUGCCCCGCAUGCAGCGUUGAGGUCUUUCCAAACUCUAAUCUGGUCUCUCCGGUGGCCGAGGCCCUGAAGAACUACCUGGCCCAGGUGAACUGGGGUCGCAAUGGUCUUGGCCUGGCUUUGCUCUCCGAGGAUCAGAGCAGCAGCUUAAAGGCAAUCAAGGCCAAGGUGGCUAGCCAGGCGGCCGUCAGCAACAUGACCAAAGUGCACCACAUCCAUUCCGGUGGCGAGCGGGAGCGUACGAAGCCAAACGGCAACGACGCCAUGAGUCCACAUUCCGUGCUCCUGAUGGACGCAUUCAAUCCGCCCAGUGCGGGCGACUAUGCCAGCAGCAGGCGUCCUCUGCUGCCACGUCAGUCGCCCAUCGGCGGAACGGAUCGGGACGACAACAAGUACCAGCGCCGCACGCCCGCGGAGCUCUUCUCGCGCUGGACGCGACGCUUCUACGCGCCCUCCUCUCGGCCACCCUGGCGCCGCACCUGGUUCUUGGUGCUCGCCGGCAUCCUGGCCUUCGUUCUAUUCGUCUACCUAAUGGCCUGGCUGGGACGCGGCGGAUCCGACGCUGUGGACGAGGGCUGGAACAAUCCCAAUCCGCAGCCGAACCACUACGAGUAGGGUGUUCAUGCAUAUUCGAAACGAGCAUACGUAGCAUAUAACCGAUAAUCCAAUCCCCGAGUCCCGAAAGAAUAAAACUUUUACAGCUAUUUAUAUAACCUAA